GGCCACAUCCUCCCCGUGUGCCUCAGGGAAAUGAGCCACCCCCUCUCAUUGGGCCUCGGCGAUUCCCUCUGUGAAAUGGGACCCUGACCCCACGGACUUCCCCAGGGCCCACAGUAGGCGCUCAGUGGGUGUUUGUUGAAUGAGUGACAGCAUGUCGGCCAUGAGUGACACCGGUGUCUCAUGGACCACCAGUGUAGACCCCAGGCAUGGCAGUACCCGCUUGUGCCUGGGUGAACCUCGUGACCCCAUGUCCUUUGGUUUGAGGCAGAGGUGUACCUGGGGCAAUGGCAGAGCAGCACGGAGUGCCGGAGCAGGCGGCAGCGGGCAAGAGCCACGGCGGACUUGGGGGCAGCUACAAGGUGAUCGUGUAUGAGCUAGAGAACUUCCAGGGCAAGCGGUGCGAGAUCACAGCCGAGUGCCCCAACCUGACGGACAGCCUGUUGGAGAAGGUGGGCUCCAUCCAAGUGGAGUCUGGACCGUGGCUGGCGUUUGAGCGCAGAGCCUUCCGCGGGGAGCAGUUUGUCCUGGAGAAGGGAGACUACCCCCGCUGGGACGCCUGGUCCAACAGCCGCCACAGCGACAGCCUGCUGUCCCUCCGGCCUCUGAACAUCGAUGGCCCAGAGCAUAAGCUGCACCUGUUCGAGAACCCAGCUUUCAGCGGCCGCAAGAUGGAGAUAGUGGACGACGAUGUGCCCAGCCUGUGGGCUCAUGGCUUCCAGGACCGCGUGGCCAGCAUCCGCGCCAUCAACGGGACGUGGGUUGGCUAUGAGUUCCCAGGCUACCGUGGGCGCCAGUACGUGUUCGAGCGGGGCGAGUACCGCCACUGGAACGAGUGGGACGCCAACCAGCCGCAGCUGCAGUCCGUGCGCCGCAUCCGCGACCAGAAGUGGCACAAGCGGGGCUGCUUCCUCAGCAGCUGA